AUGGGUCUCGGUGUGCUUGAAGACCGAAAGCUCGUCAAUGUGCCUGGGACCACAUACAUUUUGGACGAUGAUAGCAGCCCCGUCAACCCGGACCGCGCAGAACUAUCGGGCCUGAAAUAUGAUCGCAGUGGCCCAGUGCCUAUCAUCCUGGUUCCCCAGCCCAGCGAUGACCCAAACGAUCCUUUGAAUUGGCCGUUAUGGCGUCGCGACCUGAUUCUUGCCAUUCUCUCUAUUGUGUCUGUCAUUUGCACGACCACGAGCCCUCUUAUGGCCGCAAAUACUGUCACGACCGCAGUGGAGUUUUCUCGAACCUUUACGGACAUUGCCCUACUCACGGGAUACCAUCUGUGCGCCGUCGGCAUUGCUGGUUUCCUUUUCGUGCCAACGGCGCGUAUCUGGGGUAAACGCCAUCUGUUCCUGCUGGGGAACGUCAUCAUAAUCUUCAGCUCUGCCUGGGGUGGGGCCAGUGGGAAGAAUUAUAAGAGCCUUCUAGCUGCCCGCAUCUUUCAGGGCAUUGGCUUGGCUCCCUUCGAGGCACUGGUAAAUGCCGCCGUGGGUGACCUCUACUAUGUCCAUGAACGUGGGAAACGAAUGGCCGUCUCUAACGUCGCCCUUUUCGGCGGCGCAUUCCUUACCCCCGUCCUUGUCGGGAAAAUUACGGCUUCACUGGGUUGGCAAUGGACCUUCUAUUUAGUCGCGAUAUUCUCUGGUCUCUGUCUGCCACUUGUUUACUUUUUCGUCCCUGAAAUGGCCUUUCGACGGGCAAAUCAUCUGAACACGGAUUUUGAGGGAGAUUCUGAAAGAACUAAUGUGACCCAGCCGAUACCAGAGGCCGAGUUCCAAUCGAAUGGCGUUUCAGGCUGCUCGGGUAGUGGCGCAAGCGGAGAAUCGCCGACAAACAGAAGCUCGGAAUCCAACGAAAAAAGAGCAAGGGAGGUGACUGAAAAUACAGACAUGCCAAUCGACCCAUCCUCCAUUCAAAAAAUGUCGUUCUCGCAAUCGCUACGUCUGUUCAAUGGCCGAAAAACAGAUGAGAAUUUUUUCAAACUUCUUUUAAGGCCCUUGCCACUCUUCUUCCAUCCAAGCAUUCUCUGGGGAUGUCUCAUUCAAGGUGUGAUAAUUGGGUGGACUGUGUUCAUAGGUGUCGUGCUUGCUGCAUUGUUCCUGGGUCCACCACUGUGGUUCAAUGAGGUGAAGACCGGCUAUCUCUACACAGGUGCCUUCAUCGGCUCGCUCCUUGGCCUUUUCCUCUCUGGGAUUUUCACAGACUGGUCUGCCAAAUUGAUGAUCCGCCUUAACAAAGGAAAAUAUGAGCCCGAGUUUCGACUAAUCCUCGUCCUGCCCAUGCUCAUUUUUAGCUGUAUGGGCUUGUAUGGUUUCGGCAUUGUCUCCCAUAAUAUACCCAAAUAUGGAUGGCUUGCUCCCGAUAUAUUCUUUGCGUUGGUAUUAAUAGGAAUGGUGAUGGGUGCAGUCUCCAGCGCACUCUACCUGAUCGAUGCGCAUCGUCAAAUCGCGGUCGAAGCAUUUACUUGCCUUCUUGUCUUCAAGAAUCUAUUUUCUUUUGUUCUGACAUACUUUGCCUAUGACUGGGUUGUCCAUGGCGGCCAAAAGAAAGUCUUCAUCACUAUCGCCACUAUCCAAGCUGGCAUUUGCCUGUUAACCAUUCCCAUGUACAUAUUUGGUAAACGCAACCGUUCGUUUUUCCACAGACAUGAUAUCCUCAAAAUGCUACAUCUAUGGUAG